AUGUGUCGACGAAUCGCUGAAGGAACUCGGUGGUCGAAGUGUGGGCAUUUCCAACGUCACCUUGUCGUCGCCGUCAUGGAUUGCAACUCCAGCCACUGCGAGCGAAGCAUCCUCCACCCCAAACACUGCCGGGAACCCACUUGUCUGAAGAACUACGGCCCUGAUGUACAAAAAGACAUCGAUACGGUCAAAGACGACUGCUUCCAGUGUCGCGCUGCGGCCGCACGCACACCACCGUCGUAG